CCUUUCUGGAUUUGCGUUGCUUUUGAUUUUGGUUUCCAGUUUUCCUUUCGAAAAUCAUAUAUGUAAUCGAUUGGAUUAAAAGGAAACCAAACCAAAAGGAACAAGUCAUUUGAAUUGAAUGCAAAGUUAAAACAAAAGAAAGGAGAGGCGUGGUAAUGGCGUACAAGCCUACCACCACACAAAUCUCUGAUAAAUUAUUGCUUCCAUGCUUUCUUCUUCAUCUACCUUUUUGCAUUGAAGAAUCCUGACCUGAACGGUGAGUGCUCGUUGAUAUUUUUUCCCGCGUCAUUUUACGUCAACCAUAUUUCACCAUUUGUCGUUUUAGCGAUUCGCUAUUUUGUUCUUGAAUGCUCGUUUCUCGAUUGUGGAAUCUAUGAGGUAAAAAUGGUUUUUGAGGGGCAUCAAUGCUCUUAUUUGGGCUCGUGUGGCUAGUAAUAAGUGAUUUUGUGUUUUGGGUAAUGGUUGACAAGGAUCUUACGCGAGAACAUGAACGAGAGGGUUGGAAAGGUUUAUUUAAGAAUUAGGGAUUUUUUUAUUUCUCUACACACUUCGCCGGAGUACUAUGAAUUCUCCCCGGAUUUUGGUCGGCGUUCUUUCUUGGGAGCCUUAAAAACUGUGUUAAGUAGAACUUUUUGCAAUGAGGAUAGUGAAGGAAAUUUUUACUGUGACAAAAGUGAACGACAACUUUGAUCAUUUCAUUUGUUCUUCAUAUAACAAAUUUUCUUCUGUGUCAAGUGAUGGUGGUAGGGUGAUGAAAUUUUGUAACUCUGUGCAGAAUAGUAGUUGAGUAUGGACAUUGCCGCCCUUUUGACUUCGGCGGGAAUCAAUAUAGCUUUGUGCGUGUUGCUUUUCACACUCUACUCUGUACUAAGAAAACAACCCAGCAAUAGAAUAGUCUAUUUCGGUCGGAGGCUCGCGUCCGUGCAGUUGAGAAGCAAUGAUCCUUUCUCCUUGGAAAGGUUUGUUCCGUCCACUAGCUGGUUGAUUAAAGCUUGGGAAACAACUGAAGAUGAAAUUUUGACCGUUGGUGGGUUGGAUGCUGUUGUUUUUCAGAGGAUACUUAUCUUUAGUAUUCGGAUAUUCUCUAUUGCUGCUGUCAUUUGUAUGUUUCUAGUUCUUCCAGUGAAUUACUAUGGGAAAGAAAUGGCACAUAAGCGGCUUGGAGCAGAAUCUUUGGAUGUUUUCACAAUAGGAAAUGUCCAGGAAGGUUCAGUAUGGCUUUGGGCUCAUUGUCUUGCAUUAUACACAAUAUCUUGUACAACUUGCGCUCUUCUAUACUUUGAAUAUAAGAGCAUCACGAAGAUGAGGCUGACACACCUAAGAGGUUCACCGACAAACUCCAGCCAUUUUACUGUGCUAGUUCGAUCAAUUCCAUUUGUUCCAGGAGAAUCAUAUAGUCAUACACUGAAAAAAUUCUUUACAACUUAUUAUCCAUCAAACUACUUGGCGCACCAGAUGGUACACCACUCUGGUGUUGUCCAAAAAUUGAUGGAUGAGGCGGAGAAGAUGUGCAAGAUGCUUAGUGCUGUUUCAUCUGAUGGACGAAGUUUAAAGCCAUUUUGUUUUUGUACCUCAAGUACACUUUCCUUUCACAUUCUAUCUGACCAACCAGAAAGUGUUGAUGAGAGUAUCAGAUAUUCUGAUUUUGAAAUUGCUCCACCAGAUAAUGAGUGCCCUGUUGCUUUUGUCUUCUUCAAAACUCGUUUUGCUGCUGUCGUCGCCACACAGAUGCUUCAGACUACAAAUCCAAUGUUGUGGGUGACAGAACAAGCCCCCGAACCACAUGAUGUUUUAUGGUCAAGCUUGUCUAUCCCCUACAAGCAGCUCUGGCUCCGAAAGAUAGCCACACUUCUGGCUGCAAUAGUUUUCAUGUUUCUAUUUCUCGUUCCAGUGACAUUUGUUCAAGGCUUGACUCAACUAGAUAAACUAUCAAAGACUUUCCCCUUCCUGCGAGGUCUUUUAAAAAAAGACUAUAUAAAUCAUGUGGUGACAGGUUACUUGCCUAGUGUGAUCUUAACGCUAUUUCUGUAUACUGUGCCACCAACAAUGAUGUUGUUUUCGGCAAUAGAGGCACCCAUCUCCAGAAGUGGACGAAAAAAGAGUGCAUGCUUGAAAAUCUUGUACUUCACAAUUUUGAAUGUGUUCUUUGUCAAUGUUCUCUCAGGUUCCGUUAUUAGUCAAUUAAGUGUCUUCUCCAGUGUAAGAGACAUACCACUAGAACUUGCCAAAGCGAUACCCACUCAGGCUAGCUUCUUCAUGACCUACGUUUUCACAUCAGGGUGGACGGGUUUGGCUUGUGAACUGAUGCAACUCUUCUCAUUUAUUUGCAACCUGGUUAAGAAGUUCAUCCUCAGAAACUAUGAAGAUGCACAUGACUGGCUUAUGGCCUUCCCAUACCACACAGAAGUCCCAAGAGUUCUCUUAUUCGUACUCAUAGGCUUCAGCUGUUCGAUCAUGGCACCUUUGAUACUUCCAUUUUUGUUGUUCUAUUUCUUUAUGGCUUACCUCAUAUACAAAAACCAGAUUCUCAACGUUUAUUUAAAGAAAUAUGACAGUGGUGGACUGUUCUGGCCUAUUGUGCACAAUACAACAGUGUUUUCGCUAGUGUUGACCCAGAUUAUAGCUCUUGGAGUUUUCGGGAUCAAGGACUCCCCAGUUGCAUCCGGAUUUACCAUUCCCCUCAUAGUUUGCACACUUCUGUUUAGUGAAUAUUGCAGACAACGGUUUCAGCCUGUUUUUAAGAAAGCUGCUGCUCAGGUUUUGAUAGACAUGGAUAGAGAGGAUGAGAAUGGUGAUAGAUUCGAAGAUAUUUACAAUCGGUUACGUACAGCUUAUUGCCAGAUCCAAUUGACUUCACAUGAACUUCGACCAGGUUUAGCAGUAACACGGGUCAAUGAUGUGGCCGAGACCAUCCCGGGUUCAGGAGGCCCCAAACCAGUGAAGACGAGCAGCGGGGUAAGUAAAGCUUGGGCUGUCUGCAAUUUUGAAGAUAACUAACGUCCUUUUGAAGUGGACUUCCUUAGUGAUUAAGUCUUUUUAUGUUUUCUUUAUAUUUUAGUGUACAUAUACUUCUCUCAAUUGUUUUCUGCUGCUUCACAUUGGGGGAUGGCCAUAUUUGACCCCAUCAUCUAGUAGUAGUGUUGGAGUAGCAGUUUGAGGGGUUUUCUUUGUACAGGGUAGAGGUAAUUGUGAACUUGGGGAAGUGUAAGUUUAAAGUAUAUAUAUAUAUGCCAAUAUAGAAUGUACUAAGAAACUAAGUUAUACAGA